AUGGACGUUUGCCGCUGCGCAGCCGGGCGUGCGGCAUGGCAGGAGGCGGCGGCACUGUCGGUGGGCGGCGGCGGCGCGGGCGCGGGCGGCGCCGCGCGGCGCUGCUCCGUGCUCGGCGACCACCCGGGCGCGCGCCGCGACCAGCGCGGCAAGUGGCACAGGAACAACCGGGUUCGAGACGCAUCAUACGGCUCGUCAUCGGACUCUGACGGCGAGGCCGAGGGAGGCCACGGGGAGCCGUGGGGCGUCGCGCGGCUGCUGUACGCAGGCCUCGGGACGCUGGCUGUGGGCCUCGUCGUUUACUUCGUCGGCACUGGUGACAAGGGGUUCAAAACGCCGGCCCUGCGGCUGGUGGGUCCAUCGCUCAUCAUCGCAGGUCUGGCGUGCUGUCUACUGCGCAUCGCCUUCUGUAUAUUCGCCAAACCCUGCUGCCGACGGCGGACCAACUACAAGGAGAGCAGAAGACUGUCCGGAGGCGAAGGCGAGGAGAUGCCGCUGGCGGGCGGCGCGAGCGCGCGGGCGGGCCCGGCGCAGUGCUCGCCCGCGCGGCGGCUGGACGCGUCCUCGUGCGACGUGUCCAGCCUGUCGAGCGGCGAGGAGGACGAGAGGCUGCGCCGGUAUCGUACUGCGCCUGCCGCGGCGCCGGUGCCGGCCUCGCCGCCCGCGCCCGCGCCCGCGCCCGCGCCCCCGCCGCCGCUGCACAAGCCCGUCUCCGCGCCCCCUCCCGCCGCCCCCCGCCCCGCAACGUCUCCUUCGCGGGCCCCGAGGGCGAACUCGUCCUCAGCCCCGCUCAGCUGCGAUAGCCCAGCAAUAAUGACUGAAGUGAAGUGA